UCGACAGCUCUACUGAUUGCUAGUCAGUAUGGGUAUUUCGACGUCGUGCGUGCUCUCGUAGAACAUGGCGCAAAAAUUGACGCGAAGGACGCUGACGAAGACGAUUCAUUAAUGGUUGCCGCAAUAUCGGGGCAUUAUGAGAUAGUAAAGUUGCUUGUAGAGCACGGAACAGCGAUAGAGAGGACCAACAAGGCUGGCCAAACCCCUCUUACGAGUGCGGCACAAAAUGGCCAUGUUAAUAUUGCCGCGUUGCUUCUAGCAGCAGGAGCUGAUGCCAACACCCCAAACUCCAGCGGGGCGACGGCAUUGCAGGUGGCAAAUGAGCACAAACACUUGGACGUUGUGCGACUCCUCCUGGACAGCGGUGGG